AUGACCAUGGCGCUCGACGACGACACCUCCCUUCCCGUCGAGAACGCAGAGCGGGCACGCCAGCGGGAAAUCGCAGCGUAUCUCUCGGCGGCUUCCUAUCCGGCAGGCGUACCGACCGGUCCCCCAGAAACCCCGUUCAUCAAUGCAGACCCUGCUCUCAACGCCCUUGUCCAGUCGGGCACAUCCCGGCUCGACUGUGACAGAUCCUUCCUCUCCCUCAUCGACCGCGAAAACCACUUCCUCGCCGCUGAAAUGACGAGGUCGCACUCUAUCAUCAAGAAUCAAUCUGCCGAAAAUGACCACAUAUUUCUCGGCGUCUCCAAGCUGGAGACCCGCUGGGGCGUCUGUCCGACGGCCAUGCUCGCCUUUAUGGACGAGACGGGCGAGUGGGCGCAGACGGGCCCCAACAUCAUUGCCAACAGGACGCGGUUCAUCGUCAACGAUUUUCGAGUUGAUCCCCAUUUCGUCGAGAGACCCUAUGUCUGUGGUUACCCAUACAUGGUGUCCUAUCUCGAGGUGCCCCUCGUGUCGCCCCUGGGCUACCUGCUCGGCAGCUACUGCGUCGUCGACAACAAGCCUCGCCACUUCAACGACGAGCCCACCAUUGCCAUCAUGAACGAGAUCGCCUCGGCCAUCAUGUCGUAUCUCGAGUUGAAAAAGACGGAACAGAUGCGCCACCGCGCCGAGCAGCUCAUCGGCAGCCUGAGUGCCUUUGUCGGCUGCAAACCUGACCCGGCACCGCACCCCCCUAAGCUCUCGCCACAGUCAAAACACCCUUCCUUCGACUCGGUGGAGACCGAUCAGACGGACACGUUCUCCGCAAUGAAUUUGUCUUCAGCAUCACCGGCGUCCUCGUUCGCGACCCCCGACGCAUCAUUCCUGUCCUCGGUGCCCUCGUCGGGUAUACCGUUGACGGCUCCACCGCCGGACGGCGCAGGCGAGACCCUGCUCGACCAAAAGUUCCACAAUGCGAAGGACAGAAACCCUCCAGGUCAACAUCUGCCCUCCUCGGUCAGUGACGUGCUUGGAUCGCGCGACGUCGGCUUCAGCGGCUCCGCGAACUUGCGUUCCACGUUUUUUCGCGCUGCGUCCAUGAUGCGACAGGCUAUGAACAUGGACGGCUUCAUGUUUCUGGAUGCCGCCCCUAGCGUGUACGUAGACACCUCAGACCCUUUGGGUUGCGAUCGCAACAGCAACGACCACGGGCCUCAAAGUGAGGCGGAAGGGCCAUAUUGCGCUGUCGUGGCUCAGGCGACCGUUGAUCAGCGAGAAGACAAAUCGCUGCAGCCGCCUCCACCUGGCAUUCCAGAGGCGACCCUCCAGAGGCUCAUCAGGAGACAUCCACGUGGCCAUGUCUUCUCGGCAGACGAGUUCGGACCCAUUGACGAGCACUAUGGACCUGGCAAGCCGUGCCCAUCCGGCCGCAGGGCGAGCGCAGACAGCAUUGGCCUCACAGACGAUGUGUCCAGGCUCUUCAGCGCUCUUCCUGCGGCAAAGUACAUCAUCUUCCUCCCGCUGUGGCACUUUCAGCGCGAGUGCUGGUACACCGCCGCACUCGGCUGGGUUGCAGAUCCGACGCGCGCCAUAGAGGUUGCCGACAUCAGUCUCGUGUCUGCCUUUGGCAACUCCGUCAUGGCGGAGGUGUCACGCUGGGAGGCCCUGGCUGCGAGCCGCGCCAAGUCCAAUUUUGUCUCAUCCAUCAGUCAUGAACUGCGGAGUCCCUUACACGGCGUCUUGGCCAGCAGCGAACUGCUCCGUGAAGGCAUCUCGGACCUUUCGCUCAAGCCGGCCCUGGACAUGCUCGAUUCCUGCGGCAACACGCUGCUGGACACCUUCAACCACCUGCUUAACCACGCCAUCGCCAUCAACGCCGGCAAGAACCCCCAAACCCCUGCGGCCGAGCUGCGAAUCGCCGACCUCGGGGAAACGGUCGAGGAUGUUGUUGAGGCCGUCCACGUUAGCCAUGGAUAUGAGAAUGCCUUUGGUCCAUCAGCUAACUCGAGGGACGAACAUUCUGUCGAUGGUCCCAAGGCGGAGGAGAGCUCUCGAGCGCGCCCAGUGCUCGUCUCACUGAACAUUCAAGACAAGACCGCCUGGAAGAUGCGUACCGAUGUCGGGGUCUGGAAACGUAUCAUCAUGAACGUCUUCGGAAACGCCAUGAAAUAUACACCUGCUGGCCACAUUGAGGUGAGCCUUCGGAAGACGCGAAAGCCAGACAGCCACGGCAGACUGCGCGAUUACAUCGCCUUUUCCGUCGAAGACACUGGCCUCGGCAUCAGUUCCGAUUACCUCAAGUAUCAGCUCUUCACGCCUUUCUCACAGGAAAACACCCACGCCGCCGGCAUGGGGUUAGGACUGAGCAUCGUGCAGCAGCUGGCUAGAGGACUUGGGGGUGCCGUCAACGUCAAGAGCUCCGCCGGCGGCAACUUGGGAAUGAAUGUUAUUCUUGCGACGGCUGAUCACCCGGUCCCCGAUGCAGACGUGUACUUUUUGGACGAUGACACGACGGGCGCGCCCAGAAGCCUUUCUGCGUUCGUAUCAGCGACAAAUUCCAAGGCUACUCCUUUAACUCUUCUUUGCCCGGGAGCGGGGCCGACCUCGUGCCUGAAGACAUAUGUUGAAAAGAAGCAGAGCUGCGCCCAUUUGCACCUCCCACUGGGCCCGAGAAAGCUGGCAUCAGCGAUUCAAGCGGCGCUCACAGUAGCUCCCAAGAGCCUCAUAUCGGAGUGCACUUCUGCGCUGUCAUUACCAGAAGCCAUCCCACGCGCUUCUGAGCUGCACGCUCCUCCCCUUUCUGCUGAAGAGACCCAGCCCCUCCCGAAAGACAUUGCUAUCCUGCAGGCGGCCGACCAGCACGAUGCGCCCCCCGCAAAUGGCACCACACUCGAUGCAGCAAGUCCAGUGACCAGUGGAACGAAGCAAAAGUCGCUACACCUACUUCUCGUCGACGACAACCCCAUCAACAUUAAGCUCCUCACAACAGUCAUACGCAAAAUGAACCACACCUUUGCGACGGCCAGCAACGGGCUCGAGGCUGUGGAGCUAUACGAAAAGUCACUCGGCGAAGGACGGUUGUUUGACCUCGUCUUCAUGGAUAUAUCCAUGCCCGUCAUGAACGGCUUUGAGGCGACGAGGGAAAUACGCCGCCUCGAGGGCAGGGCCGGUGCAAUAAGGUGCAAAAUUGUCGUCCUCACGGGAUUGAGCAGCGCGUCAGAUCGCAAGGAAGCUGUUGCGAGCGGCUCGGAUAUGUUUUUGACGAAGCCGGUCAAGCUGGGCAAGGUGCGAGAGGUACUGGAUCAGGAGCUUGAGGGAGUCCGCCUGGCCCCGGAAACUCUUGGUCCUGUUUUGACGGGAUUGACACUGUAA